CAUCAAUCCCACAUGGGACGACGGCGGAAUAUUAUUCCAUCACGUAUCGAAGAGAAAUGAAGUUGUUACCUUCCCUUAUACAUACCAUUUACCUGUUCAAGUCUUAAUACACGUGGCUUUGGUUAUAUUUUGUUGCCAGCAAUGCAAUUCUGUGUAAAAUUAUUCUUCAUACACCAUUCCCAUAUUACAUAGGAAACCCUUGCAGCUUAUCACAUGUAUUAGAUUAGGAAAUAGUUCUUCACUUUUAUACAUUUUAGUAUUGUAUUUAUCAAUCCACAAUCAGCGAAAGCAGAAAAACUCAGCCAAUAUGUUAACAUUUUAUACAAAAUAGGGUCACAUACACAAAACAAAAACUUUUUUUGCCUUAAUUGCGGUCCAGAAUAUUGCUACACGUGUUUUGACUGUAUCAAAAACCAUUCAUGUAAAAUUCCGGCUACGUUUUCAGGAAUUUUUAAACGUUACUAGGAAUGCAUUUUACAUAUAAUUAACCAUGUUACCAAAAACUUUGAAAUGCUUUCUGCAGUUUUAAACCAUUUCAUAACGAGCCCUUUUGAGCAACUCUCGUCCUUAGCCAACCCAUAAUGACCACUUAUCGCGGUCGUGACUAAGACGUUUUUAACAGCAGACUAACGAGGGUUGUCUCGAGAUUGUCAGAGUCGAUCUAUAUGUCCUUGUAUCCAAAUAUGGACAUAACAGUCAAUCAGCUCUUCGGUGAUCAAUCAGACUCCAACGAUGCCACCUCCGAGUCCCCGACGUGGCUUGGAUCUGCCAAUCAGCUAUCAAUAAAACGUGCAAUCUCGGACCACUACAUCCACGACAAGCUUUCGUUCGACUCAGGAAUUAUAUGUUCGGCAAAUACUACGAACGCCGAGUGUAACGGGAUCCGAGUCUCAAGUAGAGGUGUCCCGCAAUCUCUUACGAAGUUUUUCGACGAAGAUGACGAAGAUGUUUUGGCGCUCGGCGGGCAAGAAAUCACGAGCACUAGCGAUGCUCAGUGUGCGAAUGAGUUGUCGUGUCAUAACCGAGAGCUUGAUUGGGUCGUAUACGUUGAGUCGUUUGCAGAGCGUUAUUACAUGGAGCAAAAUGGAGUUAUAGAACGAGUACCAGUUACGUCAUACGAAGACGAAAUCGAACGCAUCGCUCGCAAAAGAACCGAGACGAAAACUCUCUCGGGUAAUAGCCGGCAAAAAAGCUUUGGGUUGGCUCUUCCAGACAGUAAGUCGUCGGCAAAGUCGUGGGCCGCUCGGCGAGCUGACUUGAACUUCGCUAAGCAAGACACCGAUUCGCCCUUAUAUUUUGGAAACAGUUCGGUUGUUCUCGUGAAAGAAAACUCGUUGUACCCACCGGAUCCGAAACUCGAAAGCCCGUUUUCACCUGACGACGAAGAUAAAUUCAAUUCGUCCGGAAGCUCAAGUAAAAAUCUUACUUCGUGGAACCGAAAAUUUAACUCAAACAACACGCCGCGUUCGGGUAAAAACCCGAACCGUGGGCUGCCAUUUCACGAGUUCACUCGCAGUAGUCCGACCGAACGGGAGAUUCGGGAUAGGAAGCGGAAUUUGAGGCUCUCUGGUCUGGUAGGGACCAAAAACGCGAAAUGUCAUCGGGUCGCAAUGCGAAGCCAGAUCUUAGCCCGGAAACGAUCCAUGUCUUGUUCUAGUGUGUCUCCCUCGCCCAGUAUUCUCUCGACUGAAAAUGAAUUCCCAGAGCGGGGGAUCUGUGAUCAGUUUGGUCAACAGGGGCUGGAAGCGAGUAGUCAGUCUCCGGGGACCAGAGAAUACACAGAAACACAAUGUAUGGUCAAGGCGGUCGUUGACACCUGUGCCGAAAUCAGAAGUGUCUAUUCCAAACACCUCAAAUACACAAACGCCACAGACAAGGGUUUCACAGAGCUCAACUGCAAGACGAAGAAAUCUUCCUUCCUGGCGGGAACAUCCUCGGGCAUAGGAGGGGGAGUUGGCGGCGACUGGAGGCGAAAGCGAGACGAGAUGCAGAGUCGUGAGUUGUCCCAUCUGGUGCUGAGUGGUCUGUGUCCACAGCUGUUGCAGCUGGUCGCUUCUGGACUCUCCCCAAAGUACACUCCCUGGGAGGUGGUCAGACUCGGCGCGGUGCCUGUGCCUGGCGUGACCUGCAUUCAUGAGUUGUGUCUGAGUGUGUCUGUGAUGAGCGAACUGGAAUCCACCGAGGAGAAAUUCAACUCGUUCGUUUUCGGACUCCUCAAUCAAAAAAUCAUGGAAACUUGGCUUCUAUUGCUGCUCAAAAAUUCAUCUUUGAUCAGUGGCUGCUAUGACUCACACAACAGACGACCCUCCUCCUCCUUCUCCUCCACCUCCUCUUCAUUCAACUCCUCCUCUCUUCAGAGUCAGUCACAACAAGGAGUAGUGAACAACAGCAACAGUUGGCUCAUCUCCAGUCCAGGGCUUCCCACUCUACUCAGUAACAAGGUGCUAUUCACGGAGUUGUUGUUGGCGGUGCAGCCAUUGGCCUUCAUCUGCUUCUACACUGAUCUGCGCUUCGAGAUAGACUACCACGUCAAACACUCACUCACUCACCAGGCGCCAACAAACAACCUUGACCUCACACCUGUUUCGUCUACUCAAAGCAACUCUAAUCACAAUCAUCGCAACGUUUUUACAAAUCAGCCAAUGGGAAAUAAGACGCCUGUUUUCGGCAACGAAAACUAUGACUCAUCCGCCCGAGUGUCUUCGACUUAUUGGGCUUUGCCUUCGGGAGGAUUCCACCGAGAAGCAUCGUCGAUAUCGUGUAAAGAGAGAGGCGGUUCUUGUGGUGAUGGAAAUAGCCGAACGCGCCUCGCGGCUGAUGACAUCUCGGGUGAUUUGCCGCAUGUCGGAGGCAAUUAUAGAUGCUGGGAUUUAGUCGAAGCCAGUUUGGGCAGUUUGAUCAGAAGAGUCGGCUGUGAGAACAAAAAUCUCAGCCCCGAAGAGUCAGAAGAUCCAGUCACUUACGUAUAGAGAACCUUCGAGAAUAAUCUAGAAUAUGUGAAUGCAAUCUUUAUUGUGCAAUUGAAAUCAAGGAGAGAGAAUGACAAUUUGCUUUUAGAUUUGACUGAUUAUGCAUCUAAAUUAGAGUUGGUAGAUUUGUAAUUUUGUAAAGAAAGUUGAAAUAUUGUAUUGAACUCGAAAUUCUUAUUAAUUGAAAU